GGUGUGCAAUAGCCAAUGAACGACGUAACUCGUGACGUCAUUAAAGUGGACAGGAAUAAAAACGAUGAGGAUGGAGCAUCCUUAGGGAAUUAUCACCUCAGAAUUCACAGACGGAAGAAAGAGAAAAUGCAAUUGUUGAUAGCAGUGACGGUUUUGGCUACUGUUUUUGAAUAUGCAUUUGCAAUUCCACCCGUGCAGUGCUCCCGCCCAAGGUGCGACCGAGGUUGCCAAAUCCGAAUAAUCAACGGGCCUUGUCCAGAAUGUGACUGUGGGGGAGGAGAUACUUAUGGAAAUCAGAGAUGUCCACCUGUUGACAACUGCAGCGGGUUAGGAUGCAAGCUGGAACGUGACAUUCGAGGAUGUCAAUACUGCGCAUGCCCUUCUAGCAACCAAUAUGACAGAAUACCGCAAGGCAUCCAAUGCGACCCCCCGAAAUGUGGCUACAACUGCCAGAUAGAUUACACCAGCAGACCUUGUCCUAGCUGCAGAUGUGAUGGCAGUUACAACAAUAACAACAACCGAAUACAGUGCAGUCCUCCAAGAUGUGAAUAUCCUUGUUACCUGGACAACAAUGCAAGUCCUUGUCCUACUUGCGUCUGUAACAGUGGUGGAGGAGGCAAUUUUAGGCCCGCUAUGAUCCAAUGCUCUCCACCUAGAUGUAACGCCCCAUGCCGUUUGAACCCAUACACGAAACCUUGUCCUAGCUGUCAGUGCUAGAAAACGCAUUCUUCAGAAAUGAAAUUUUAUCCACUGUGUUUAAAAUAAAAUGUUGUUUUUCGUUUUA